UCCACGAGGCACUAUCAACAGAGUCUGUUUGUGCUGCUCACUCUUUUCUUUCUAAGCCCUUCGGCUUUAUCUGUCUCCCCUUCUUCUUGGACCCUACAGACCUCAUAGGACCCGGGGCCACAUCAUGUUUCCACGUGCGCUGCCGCUGCUGCUGCUAUGUAUCUCAACAGGCUUGGCUGCCACGCUUAUCCAGGCCUCUUCUGAUGCAGCUACGGUGGAUUCUCCAGCUGACGGCUCUGUUUUACUUGAAGCUCAGGCUGGUGAAACCCCAGAUGACAUCUUGAUGGCAGAUGCCCCUGUUGAGGGAAAACCUGCAGAGACCCAGAGCUCCACGCAAGAAUCUGAAGAUGAUUCAGACUGGGGCUUAGGUUCUAUCAGAGGGGGUUUCCAGGCAGUGAAUGGCUAUUUUGACUCCAUACUGGAGCUGAUGGGGGGUCGAGAUGGUGUAUGUCAGUACCGCUGUAAAUAUGGUAAAGCUCCUCAGCCUCGUGCUGGAUAUCAAAUGCCGGAGCCUAAUGGUUGUAGCACCUUACUGCUUGGCUUCCAGUUUGAUAUUGGUGUCCCAGCCAUGACCAAAUGUUGUAAUCAGCUAGACAUUUGCUAUGACACCUGGCCCUUCAUGAACAGCCAGAGGGCAGCCUGCUAUUGUGAAGGAGAAGAGAAGGAUGAGCUGUGA